AUGGCCCCAGAUGCUGCGGCGCUUCCUUCACCGCCGAGUUUCGCUCCGGAGGAUGCUCCCAGCCGGCACAACCUAGGUGGCACGGCUCCGGGUGGGGGGCAUCAGGAUGGGCUCUCGCCGCGCUUUCCAAAUAUAAAAGCCCUUCAGGACGAGGCAGCAGCAUUAGAUGUGAACGAAUCCACGACGGCCGUACGAACCAAGCAGGGGACCGCGGACUCAAUCAAGCAACAAAUUGUGGAGAAUAAUCUCAAGAGUAUGGCCAAGCCGGCGGGCCAAUCCUCACCAAUCUCUCGACGACCAGUAUCGCAGAUAUUACCUGCUGGAACAUAUUUACCUUCAAGUCAACGCGGCCGCCAGAGCAAUGCGGGAGACUCGUCAACGCGAAUGCCUAGUCCUUCGCAGUUCCAGUCCUUCGGCUUGCAAGACCAACCCAAUAGAUAUUCGGCACCUCCAGAUGCACUUGCGCAGCGCCUUGCCAAGCUGAAGACAACAUCACCUACAGCAAAUGGCGUCAGUUCAGGUUCAGCCAGUUGGGGUGACAAUGAACUAGGACACGUUGAAAACCGAUCUCCCCGGCCAUCCUCUUAUAUCUCUCAUGGGCCAACACAUGGGUCAACACUAAGUUCACCUUCUAGACGACCACUAGGCCCUCGAGACAUGGGAACCGCUCAGAGCGGCCCCUCUAUACCCCCCAAGAUUCCCCUCAACACAUCACUUCCGCGGGCACCGGAUCCGACAUAUAGCCCAAUAUACACCGUACCUUCUCAGCCUCCGUCUAACCCGCCGAGAACUUCAACAGAGAACUUUCGUCCGAAUAAUGCACGAUAUUCCCAUCUUGCAAAUUCUCCUCAUGGCAGCCAAAGUCCUAAUGGCUCCGAUGAUAAUCCUUAUAGGUCUCGAACACCGAACGGCGUCCAUGCGCUGAAGGGCGCCAGUAGUAGUACGCUUGAUUUACCGCACAGAUCUACUAUCAGCGCCCAGGAGUUGCUGGACUACCUCCGUCGUUAUAGCAUAUUGCUGAUCGACGUCCGCUCCCGAGAGGAUUUUGACAGCGGCCAUGUAUAUGCGAAAUCGAUCAUAUGCAUAGAGCCCGUGGCAUUAAAGGAGAACGUUUCCGCAGAAGAGCUUGAGGAGCGGUUGGUGGUGUCUCCUGAGCAUGAACAGUCGUUGUUCGAGAGGCGAAAUGAGUUUGAUAUGGUGGUCUACUACGAUCAGAGUACCAGUUCGAACAGCUACCUUGCCGGCCCACCGGUGGGGACCACAGCGCCUCACCUGAGGGCGUUGUAUGAUACACUGUACGAGUUCAAUGCCUACAAACCUCUGAAGGAUGGCCGGCCACCUAUGCUUCUAGCGGGAGGACUUGACGCUUGGAUUGAUCUCUUAGGGCAACAGUCGCUGGCCACAUCAUCUACCGCUGCUGUAAUAGCGUCUUUGCAAACCAGGCGGCCUGUUGCGAGGCCGGGACGCCCUCUCGGUAGAGUCCCGACAAUGGCUAGCGCUAACUCCAGUCUGGAGAUCAGAAAGCGGAGGCUUCGAAAACUUUCACAGUUGAACCCAGAUGAGCUUACGGAGUGGUUGGAGAAGUCAAAGACAGAAGAGAUUGACGCAAGUGCCUAUCUUGGAGAGGAUAACCUCUCAGAGGAGCCCGAGCCGGAGCAACAAGCAGGAACUCCCAUCUCCCCCUUCAUUCGUUCGUACGAGGAUUUUCUGCGCCGUUUCCCGGAACCUCAUAAUAUUCAGCAAUCUAUGAUAACAGCCCAGCCCAGACCUUUGACCCCCGACUAUGCGUCUCAUGUGCCUAUUGCUCCUUCAAGACCUCCACCUGCUGUUCCGCGUCCCAGCUACAGCGGUGUGUCGGAUGGCCGGCAGAUACAAGCGCCGCUGCAGAGACAAAAUUCAGCAACCAAGCACGCGCUUUACACGUCGAACUCAUUGCUUAAUCGUCUCAAACUUCCGCGCACCGGAUUGGCAAAUUUCGGAGUUACCUGUUAUAUGAACUCAACAAUCCAGUGUUUAAGCGCAACAGUGCUCAUGAGCAAGUUUUUCAUUGAUGACCGGUUCAGGUUUUAUGUCCAGAAGAAUUGGAAGGGGUCUCAGGGUGUUAUGCCUGGGCUAUACGCCAAUCUCAUCAGAUCACUGUGGAAGAAUGAUGUGCAAGUUAUCAUGCCGACGUCAUUUCGAAAUUUCUGCGGACGGCUGAAUCAGGAAUGGGCCAUAGACAGGCAACAGGAUGCUAAGGAGUUCUUUGAUUUUGUUGUCGAUUGCCUGCAUGAAGAUCUCAACGUAAAUUGGCAGCGGACACAGCUUAGGCCCCUGACUUUCGAGGAGGAAAUGCAGCGGGAAAGGAUGCCAGUGGCCAAGGUCUCCAAGAUAGAAUGGGAUCGGUAUUGUCACCGAGAGGAAUCAUUUAUCUCAUCGUUGUUUGCGGGGCAACAUGCAAGCCGGCUUCGGUGUACAACUUGCAAGCGAACAUCAACCACAUAUGAAGCUUUCUACAGUAUCAGUGUGGAGAUCCCGGCAUCCGGAAAGGGCGAUAUCUACCAAUGCCUCCGUAGCUACUGCCAGGAGGAAAUGUUAAGCGGCGACGAGGUCUGGAAGUGUCCCUAUUGCAAAUGUGAGCGUGUCGCGACCAAACAAAUCAUUAUCACUCGCGCACCUCAGAUCCUGGUGGUUCAUUUCAAACGCUUCUCUGCCUCCAAGACACAGAGUGCCCGUAAAAUCCACACCCCCAUCGACUUUCCCCUUCACGGUCUUCGCAUGGACGACUUCGUCUUCUCGCAGCCUAAGCAGACAUCCAACGGCGAUGGCCCCAGUUCAGGUCCACAGGAUCCAACUUCCGCCACAGAACCACCCUUUACAUACGACGCAUACGGUGUUUUACGCCAUUUGGGCUCGUCCAUGGGGAGCGGGCAUUAUAUAUCACUAGUGCGUGAUGCGUCACGUCAAUGCUGGCGCAAAUUUGAUGACGGCCGCGCAACAGAUUUUAUACCGCGUGAUCUGCCUUUCAAAGACCGGUUGCAGAACGAACAAGCGUAUAUUGUGUUCUACGAGCGCGUUCCAGCGAAAUAG